CCUGGUCCCUCUGGCACACGCUGCUCGCCUUAACCGGUCGUUAGGAGCCACUGUCCAAGAACUAAGAAUUCCAAACCUCGGCUACAAGGAUGACAAGAAUAGCAUCUAUGAUCCUAAGCUCUUCCGAGAACUCAUCAAACCCUUCACGGAAGAUGCUUUGGAAGGCGGAGAUGAACAAGUGUGGCUUGUUCUAGUCUUGAUAUCUCUCGAGAACCUCCGAUAUCUUGAGAUGUGUCACUAUUCGUAUGUCUGGGAUCUUACACUACGAACACUCGCACAAUG